AUGAUGACAGGUCCACAGCACACCCACGAAGCGUUUGCUAACGCCGAUGAGUUUCUGGCCCCAGUCCUCGAUCGAGAGAAUUUACGAAAGAGCAAAGGAGAAUCGUUACUACGAACUCUCAGCCAGAUUUCAGGAGAUGAUGAUGCUGUGAGGCCGACAGUCAUCGGGAAGGCCUUGGAUAUCCUGCUCAGCCUCCAUGAAUCAUUGGUUGUGCCCGAUGACCAAAGUGUGUCUUAUCAACCGCUCGAGGCGGGUGACGACUCACCUAUGGAAGAUGCCAAGCGCCGCCGUAUGCUACAUGCACUGCUGGACCUCAUUUCCCUGGAAGGGAUUUAUCCUUCCCUGUCAUCUGGGGUCUCAAUCCCCUUACAGCAGCGGGUGAUCUCAGUCUUGCCAGCGGGAGUCGUUGCAAAGCAGGCUCCAGUAGUUGCUAGCAGCGUACCCCACAACCAGCCUCUUUUGCGCCGCAUCGUCCAUGUUUUGAUAGACAUUCUUGCCGAUCCGCGACCAAGCAUCCAACCGGUCGUACGCGGUCGUAUUCUGAGCGAUAUAAUAAGUGGCACAGUUGAUCUAGCUUUCAACCCAGACCUCACGGGCUCAUCUGACCGAAGUUUCUAUCAAAAGGCCGUGGCCAAGCUUGUUGGGGACACCCCAACGACGGUAUUGCUGCCAACCCUAUCUGCCUUCCUCGGUGCGGACACUACAAAGUGGUUUAAGUCGGCAAUUUCCAGCCAGCUUUCUCACGUACCGCUACGACCUGGUGGAGUAGUGCAAACCAUCAUGUUCCUUGCGUCGCAGUUCGCUCCUUCGCUAGGCCAAGAAGCGCAGGACAAAUCAAAUGGACCUCGUUUGACUGUUCAAGCCAUCAUGCACAUUUCGCGGCUUCUCGCGGCUGUCCCAUCAGACGUGACUCCAACUGUCUACUUUGAGACAAUUGCCCCCCAACUACUGGCCUUGAUAGACGGCAAUGAUCCAGAUUUUCAGAAGACAGCAUCGUACGUUGUGGGCAAUGGGAUUCUAGGGAAGAAGAUUUAUGGCGCUCCCACUACUAUCGGCCACUCUAUAUUCAUGGAGCCGAUAUUCCAUGCGCUUACCGCGGCCUUGGAUGCUAACUCAAGGAGGUGGAUGGGACGUUUCACUGACAACCAAGGCACUAUGCCUCACACCACGGAGCAAGAUGCUACGUCCGAUGUCUUGGUAGAUAGCGCCACCAUAGAACUGGCCAUACACAGACUCAGAUGUCUGACACUGCAGCAUCCCAAUCCAGGCCUUGUGAAACGACUAAUUUAUCCUAUUCUUCUUCCGCUAUGGGGCCUCGUCUGUUACUCACGGGAGGAGGAACAGACCUCAUUCCAUGAGAGGGUGUUGCCUCUGCUCCAGACAUUUUUUGGCAUCUCCGUUGGGGACCAGCCUCUGAAAAAGCUGGUCGAUAACCUACUUUGGGAUGGAGGCUCAACUUGGACGUACGGCAAAGGCUCAGACGGUGGACUUGUUUUGCAAAAGCGAAACGAAACGAAGAACGCGCAUUCGAACCUAUUGCAACUUAUCGAUUCACUUUCAGGACGAGCAGAGCUGUUUGUAUCUCUCCUUGACUCGGAUCCAAGUAGUGAGGAGAGAACCAGUGACAUCUUCCUUCAUGUCAGCCAGAAUUGGCUAGUGCAGCCCCAAGGCUCUGUGGGCGGGGAGACUGGUGGUGAAAGUGACGAUAUCAUCCGGAAGCUUGUCAGUGCUAAGAUUGCCGAGAAGCUCCUGGAUAAAUUUAAGGACACACUUACUCGACGUCCGCUUCGAGUCCUGGAACUCAUCAAGCAGGUCGUUGAUGGGGAUCUACAUAGACUCAGCGCCCAAGCGACAGCUUCACAAGGCAGAUCAAAGGGCAAGGUAUCGCUGUCAUCUUUGGCCGAUAUUGUGGAGACCGAGAAUAAAGAAGAGGAUGGGGCAAAUAAUGACUCGUCAGAGUCACUCUCAACUGCCUUCAGCUUGCUAUCUACGCUUCUUGCAUCUGUCGAGUUCUCCCCAACAGCUGAUAUUCAACCGCUUCUCUGGUCACUUAAAGAGAGUCUUGAUAAGCUAGUCCCUCUUCUUCCCUCCUCCCUCUCCAAACCGGCUACGACGUCGUCGAUGUUACUGGAAAUCCACCUUGCAACAGCCGAUCAAACCGCAGUCAAGGCAGUCCCUUCAAGCAAUGUCAUCGACCUUGACACGCAUCGCAAAGCGCUGUCACAUCUAAACUCCCAUCUACCACCCGUACAGGCAGAAGGCCUUUCCAUGAUUUCAAAGCUUAUCACGAAUUCGUCGCCCGUGAUUGAUGUGGGAUCAACUCUGACGCUUAUGCUAUCCCUCAUCACUGACACAUCCGGGUCGGCUGGUAAUGAGGAAUUCGUCUAUCUCGGUGCAAUCAAGAUAGUCGGUACCCUGGCAUCGCGCCACCCACGCACUGUGGUCAAAACCCUGGUAGAGGAAUACGCGGACCGCAGUGAGCGAAGAGGGUUGGACGAAAGACUCCGGAUUGGCGAAUCAAUACUGCGCACAGUCCAAGACUUGGGCGACGCACUAGUUGGCGAGACAGCCAAAGUCCUUGGCGAGACGAUUGUUGCCGUCGCCGGACGUCGUGGUAUCAAGAAGAAGACACAGGAAUCACGCAAGGCACAACUUGCAAAGGAGAAACGCGAGAAGGAACGCGAGCAGCGCAAGGCCAAAGAGCCUGAGUUGCCGGACGGCUGGACCAUCACAUCUGGCAUAGCGCAAGCUGCCUCCGAACUCGAUCUUACGGAACUUGAUUCCGACGAAGAAUCCCCAGAGCAAACAGCGUUCGCCACAAAUGUGGUUGCUGCGUGGGCUGCCGGUGCCGCAGACGAUGCUCCUGACGACCUCCGCGUGCGCGCAUCCGCUAUGUCCAUCCUCGGGUCUGCUAUUCAGACCAACAUACUGGGUCUCGGUCGCGCAAUUGUUUCAUCAGCCGUUGACCUGGCGCUUGCGACUCUCACCCUCGAAGGAGAACCCGAGAGUGCCAUUCUCCGUCGCGCAAGUGCCAUUCUCAUCCUCGACAUUCUAAAAGCCCUCGAAGCAGCGCGAGAGAAGCGCGGAGGCCAGGACAUUGGAUUCGGCUUCUCGCUUCUGAGUGACUCUUCUUCCAAAUUUGCGACGCCCCAGGACUCCAGCAACAACGCACAAUCAACUAUCGGCAACAUCCCGGCCAUUCUGAGUACCCUGGAAUAUGUCGAGGCUCGUGAGGAGGAUGUUCUCGCUCGUGGACAUCUGCGCACCUUGGUUGAAAGCCUGGAGGCUUGGGCGGACAAGUCGUUGAUGAUGGGCAUCGGUGCUCAAGACAACCAAGAGGCCUUUGAUACGCGAUUUGGACUGGACGGACGACUCGCUGGCCUGAAUGUCAACCCCAUGUCAGGGAGAGAGACUGGGCGUCCACGCAUCGAGGAGAUCGAAUGA